ACUUAAUUCUUAAACUUUGUCUCCAAAAAGUUACAAAAAUUCUUCACAAAAAUAUCUGCUUUCUGUGUAUAAAUGGACCCCAUUUCUUCUUCUUCCUCCUCCACAAUAUUUAUAUCCCCAGAAACAACCUGGUUGUUUCCUCAUAAAUCUUUUUCAUUUUCCAGAAAACCAUACAAGAAUCAAAAAAAAAAAAAUUAAAAAAAUUAAAAUGGAGCUUCAAGAGAAAAACUCCACCGACUUUACACAGUUGUUUUCAGGAGAUAUUUCUUGGUUUGUAUGUCGGCGUUACCUAUAUAAACCUCCCUUAAACCCCCUCUUACCGACUUAUUAUCAAACACCCUUUUCGAAAUUUUCAAUCUUUUGAUCCAAAAAAACUAUAAAGUUUCAAUCUUUGAUCCAUAAAACCACAAAUCUCUUUGUAUCAUAUGAACCCAUUUGAUAAAAAACAAGAAUCUGAUACUAAUACAAAAAACCCCUUUUUGACUGAAAUGGACUCUGAAUUUGCUGCGUUUUCACCAAUUUCACUCCCUUUUGCUGACCCAUCUUCUCCUUUUAUCAAUUUUGGAUCUUUUGCCACUCCUUUGAGCCAACAGCCUGUUGGAGAAGGAGGAGAAAUUGAACAGCUAGCUGAGGAAGGAAUGGGUGUGCCACACCCUAUGGAGUGUUUACAUGGGAUACAAAUUCCGCCAUUUUUGUCAAAGACUUUUGAUUUGGUUGAGGACCCUUUAUUGGAUUCGAUUAUUUCUUGGGGUAGAAAUGGAGAUAGCUUUGUAGUUUGGGAUCCAGUGGAGUUUUCAAGAUUGGUUCUUCCUAGGAAUUUCAAGCACAGCAAUUUCUCCAGCUUUGUUCGACAGCUUAAUACAUAUGGAUUUCGCAAAAUCGAUGCUGACAGGUGGGAGUUUGCGAAUGAAGGAUUCUUGAGAGGGAAGAGGCAUUUGUUGAAGAACAUACAGAGGCGAAAGUCACAUCAGGCCGGAAGUUCUUCUGGAUCAUCUGCUGAAGCAGGGAAAGGUACUAUGGAUGAGAUAGAGAAACUCAGGAACGAGAAGAGUUUGAUGAUGCAGGAAGUUGUUGAGUUGCAGCAGCAGCAGCGUGGGACGGUUCAACAAAUGGAAUCUGUUAAUGAAAAGCUUCAGGCUGCAGAACAAAGACAGAAGCAGAUGGUUUCAUUCUUGGCCAAGGUGCUUCAGAAUCCCACAUUCUUGGCUCGUGUUCGGCAGAUGAAGGAGCAAGGAGAAAUUACUUGUCCAAGAACAAUGAGGAAAUUUGUUAAAUAUCAGCCACAUGGUCCAGAUGGAGUGGGGUCGUCUUCCAUGGAAGGGCAGAUAGUCAAGGUCAGGUCUGACUUUCAAGACCUUGCAGCAUGCUUUGAGAGCCCAGACUUCAAUCCAGUUGUGGAUCAACAACUCCCAGAAACUGGUUUAGGAGCGGAAGCCAUGCCUUUUGAAGGUGGUACUGUUGCAUCUGAGGAACUGACAGUGGCACAUGAACUUUUUAAUUGUUCAGAUCGGGAAAUAGGAGGAGCUUCAUUCUUUAACCCCGAAGGCUCUCAUUUCAAAGGGAAGAAUGUAGCUAGUCUUCAAUUAGAAGUUAUGCCUGAGUACUUUGCCUCUUUUCCAGAGGAGAUGGGGAAGGAGAAAAACAUUUCAGGAUUUUCCUCACCAGCUAUUGGAAGUAUGGUGAAAGAUGAGGAACUUUGGAGUAUGGGUUUUGAAGCCAGUGCUGGCAUGCCAAGUGCUGGCACCGAGUUAUGGGAUAGUCUUAGCAGCUAUGUCCCAGACUUCGGUGUUAGCUCUGGUUUGUCAGAUUUGUGGGAUAUAGAUCCCUUGCAGGCAGCUGGAAGUUCUGGGGUUGAUAAGUGGCCAGCUGAUGGGUCUCCUUUUGGUCAGUCUGAAAGCCAUGCCAACCAGCCCAAGAAUGAUAGUUUUUAGGAAAGAGUACCCUUGGCCUUCAGUGUGCCAUUGGGAUACUAGCCAUCAUUUAGUUGAUGGGACAUAAUAUUGAAUGAGUGAUUAUAAAUAUUUUAGUUGAUAAUUACUUUCGACUGGUUCUUCUGUUCUAUUCCCGUCUCCUUGGUCUGCUAUUUCUUUGCUAAUUGUGCUGAACUGUGAAUAUUUGAUGGCAUAAAUUGUAGAUAUAUCCUGCUAACAUAUACUCUUUUAAGUUGUGAAAUCUGCAGGUUUGCAGCACUGAAGGCGAGUAUGGGACUUCUUUUGAGAAAUUGGGACUAGAAUGAGUGUAUGACAUUGCUCGCUCAAGCUUUUUCCAGGUAAGGAGAUCUUGUGGUGACUUAUCAUAUGAUUGCUUGAUGAAUUAUUACUUUACCAGAAUUCUUUGAGAUGAAGCUGAAUAACAUGCACAGAAUGUGUACAAUUUUGAUUGUUACCUUGGGCAUGAUUUAAUCUCAAAAGCUAGCUCAUGAGGGGAGUAUUCUCCAAGACUGCAACCGAUUUCCUCAACCAACGUGGAGAUAGUAUAAGAGUCAGACCUAUUUCGAUUCUUGGUUUAUCCGAUGUUAGACCUCAUUUGUACUGUUCACACUUUAAAUGUCCCGGUAUGGGCAAUGCUGGGAGGGGGGAGGGAUGCUAAAAGUCCCACAUUGGUAGUGAGAUAGUUAACUAGUCUCCUUGUCUAUGUUGCUUGGCCUCUCCAAAAAUGUUGCCGCACUCGUGUCGGAUCCUCCACAAAAGUACUAUUUUUGGAGUAUCCGACCCACACCCAUAGAUAUCUUUGAAGAGUCCGAGCAAAAUAGCUCCUUGUAUGGUCUUGGGCAAUCCUCACCUCAUGAGCUAGCUUUUGAGGGUUGAGUUAGGGCCCGAGGUCCAUUUUCUUAAUAUGGUAUCAGACUUGAACUUUGAUAAGCCAAUUUGUACAAUAAUCUUCUUUCUAUCUACUGUAAUGCUCUGGGCUUUCUCUCAGCUUGGUCUAUGGACUCUGAGCUUCUUCUCUCUCAAUUCAGCUCAUCGAGGCACAAACUUUGAUCUAGACCCACUUUUUAGCCAUUUGAGCCUACUCUCCUCAUUUCCAGGCCCAUUCUUCAGCCAGUUGAGACUGAUCUUUGUCUCUCUAUAUCAUGUCUACUCUUCAAUGUGCUAAAAAAAAGGAUUUUGAAUCCACGUGUAGACUCAAAAACUCAGUUACAUGUGCAGGAGGGUGUUAGAGCACUCGUCUCUCAUCGAGUGCGUAAAAGUUUUCAAAAGGUUUUAUAAUGUACGGGGCCACUGCACUCAUUAUCUUUAAGUUUCUGAAUUGGAUGCUCUGGUUAUUUGAUUCUUAUGUUAGUGCACUAGCUUUUUGUAUGUUGACUUGCCAAGCUCCGCUGGUUGCUGAAGUUAAUCUUUCUCAGAGUGAAAUGAGAAAAAAAGAAGGUGAAUUAGCAUAACUCCUUCAGGCUUCCUCUUCCUCUUCCUCCCCAUUUUUCAACCAUAAACCUACUGAAGAACACUUUAGGGGACUCUGCUCAUACGUUCUUAGGUAGUUUAAUAUAGAAAUAUAAGAAAGACGAGGUGGAGGAACGGAAGACUCUAGCAGUGUUGGUAGAGUCAAUGAAUUUAUUUCCUUAAGAUGCUGCUACAGGAAGUGCUGGGGGUAGGGGUGGGGGGAUUUAUUCCUGAUGUCCGGCAUAACUUUUGAGCCGUUGAAUGGAGUCUGAAACAAAAUAAACAAAUUUCACAUCGUCUGCGCUGUUUAUCAGAUUCAGCAGGAUCUGAUUAUUUUCUGAUCAUCUGGAAGAUGAUUUCGUGCUUUGUGACAUCAGUUUGAUAAGUUACUCCAUCUAAACAAUAGUGCUUGUUCAUGGGUAUUUCAUCAUUCUAAGGAUGUAUGGAAGCCAAAACAAAUCUGACUGUUUCAACGGAAGAAAAGGAGAAUGAUAAAAAACACCCUCAAGCAAGACGUCGCAUUCUAGUACAUUGAGAGCAAAAUCUGCGACAAGAGUUAGGGUUGACGGGUUGACCAUGAUCUCUGCUAUGAUAGCUUCAGGGGAUGUUUGCAUUGAUAAGACUUCAGAGUUUCUUCUGUUAAAAAGAGUGGUCCCAUGACUAUGGGGCGGGAGUGACCAGUGGGCAUUUAAUCCUGAAACAAAAGUACAGUGGGAAGUUGGCGACGCUUAUGCCUGAGCGACAAGAUCUCCCUCCUUGACAAAUUCUCCGUAGCCGUCAGAGAAUAGGCAAUGAGUGCAACACUUGGAGAUAGUAUUUCCUGAAAUUAGUCUUGGUGGAUACCAUGGUCACCAUGGUUAUCAAAAAAGAAAAGAAAAGUGAGCCUCUUUUGAGAUCGUGAAUUUUUUCUUGAAGAAUGGCUGAGGACAAUUUUCAAGCUAAAAAGAGACCAAGGUAUCACACGCUUCUUUACAAGUUUCACAUACAAAGUUUAGGUGAGAAUCAAGAACUAUUGGCGAAAAGGUAACAUUUAUGAUUUAUCCAACUUAGUGAAAUAGUAUCAUAUUGGAUCCGUAAAUGACAUUCUUCAUGUGUAGUGAGUGGGCAAGGUAUUGAACCUCAACCAACAAAAGAAGGUUCUGACUUGUCUCCAAGUUAGGUAAUUCAGAUAGUUUCUUUAGGUAUGGAACCUUGAGGUUAUAGACUGGGGGAUUUGGAAGUCCAAGGGGGGACUAAGAGGGAGUGAGUCGCGUGGUGUAGGAGAAAGAUGAAGUCAUGGCUCUUAUACCAAGUUGGUUCGAGUAAAUGAUUUUCCAAGCUAAUUAAUCAACCAAGCAUUACAUGUAUCUCUUCCUAUAUUAUUAUCUGCUUUUCCUCGUUCAAAUCAUUAGUUCAAAAAACCAGAGUUAAUGUUAUGACUCACAACGCCCAUCCCUUUCAGGGACACGUUAAAGGCAACAUCUUUUGCUGAUCAAUUGAAAAAUUGUGAAUAUUCAGUAUCGUUGGGCUGAUGUCAAACAAUCCUAUCUGUGUCAUGUCGAGUAGGUUGACCUUUAGAAGUGUUUGAUGCUUAAAUAGCUUUACACAAACAGUGUUCACAUUUUUGAACCCUUAAAUUUUGUGUUGAACUUCUCUUUCAGGGCAGUCGAUUCUUUUGUAAUUGCUUGCUUGGAUCCUGUACCCUCAACCAAACCAGUUUUCUUGUGGAGCCUCUGCCUAGGUAAGCAAUGAUGUAUAUCAGAAACAGCAGGCAAAGUCCUGCUCAGGGCUUUGGUCAAGUGGCAAAGGUUGAGGGGAGUUCGAGCCUUGCAUCAUGCGAACUAAGCCUGAUAUUUAAGUGGAGAUUGCGGUUGAUUCUAAGGGUUGGGCCCAGACCGAUUUAUCGGUCAUCAAGAAAAAGAUCCUGCUCAAUUAUUUGAUUUCUCUUUGCUUAUUUGUAUAUUUCUAAAUGUGUAGGAUGUUCAUCAGGAGCAAUCUGAUUAUAUUUUGUGUCAUGUAAUAAUUGAUGGGUUAUCCUGGCAAA